CCUGUUUAGGCUAAUAACCUUCCAAAAGCUAUUGCAGCAGCUCACACGUUUCUUCUGAAGCAUCCAGACGAUGAAAUGAUGCAAAGAAAUAUGGCCUACUAUAAGAGCAUACCUGAUGCUGAGGAGCAUAUUAAAGACUUGGAGACAAAGCCUUAUGAGAACCUCUUUGUCAGGGCUGUGAGAGCAUACAACGGUGACAACUGGAGAACGUCCAUCUCGGACAUGGAACUGGCUCUUCCUGAUUUCUUCAAAAACUACGAUGACUGUACAGCAGCCUGUGAAGGCUCCCGAGAGAUCAGAGAUUUUAAAGACUUUUAUCUCUCCAUUGCAGAUCAUUACAUUGAAGUCCUUGCAUGCAAAGUGCAAUGUGAGAGUGAUCUAACACCCAUUAUAGGAGGUUUUGUUGUUGAGAAGUUUGUGGCCACCAUGUACCAUUACUUGCAGUUUGCUUAUUAUAAAUUGAAUGACAUGAAGAAUGCAGCUUCCUGUGCAGCAAGUUACCUUCUGUUUGACCAGCAAGAUGAAGUAAUGAAACAGAACAUGGUCUAUUAUCAGUACCACAAAGACAAAUGGGGACUUAAAGAAGAGGAUUUUCAGCCCAGAUCGGAAGCAGUUCGAUACCACAAUAUAACCACACUCCAGUUGGAAAUGUAUGAAUUUGCAAAGGAACAUCUGAUGGAUGAUGAUGAG